ACCUGGAGACAAAGGUGCAAUGGGGAUCCCUGGGCGGCCGGGACUAAAAGGGCAACCUGGAGAGAAGGGUGCUCCAGGAGAAGCAGGCAUGUCUAUCAUUGGGCCUCGCGGUCCACCCGGACAACCUGGAACAAGAGGUUUUCCCGGAUUCCCGGGUCCUAUUGGCUUGGACGGCAAACCAGGUCAUCCUGGACAGAAGGGGGAGAUGGGUGCUGCAGGUCCCAGGGGACAACCUGGACCUCCAGGACAAAAAGGAGAAAAGGGUCAAUGUGCAGAGUACCCACACAGGGAAUACCUAAGUACCACCCUUGCAGCCCUGCGCUCUAACCAGAUCCUUACGCUAAAGGGUGAACAAGGACAAGCAGGAAUCCAAGGUCCCCCAGGUCCUCCUGGUCCCCCAGGGCCUGCCGGACCAGCUGGACCUGAAGGAAUUCCAGGACAGCCUGGGCCAAUUGGGCCACCUGGCAGAGUGGGAGAACCUGGGAAGCCUGGAAGAGAUGGAAAGGGUUUACCUGGGCCUCCUGGACCAAAGGGAGACCCUGGGGUUCAGGGAUACCCUGGCAGAAAGGGUGAGGCGGGUGAGUCAGGUCUGCCUGGAGCACGUGGCCUCCCUGGAGCUACUGGCCCCAAGGGCGCUCCUGGGAUCUCCGCUGCAGGGAUGAAGGGCGAGCCGGGGACUCCAGGAGAAAAGGGAGAUCCUGGAGUCCCAGGGAGGAUGGGCCCCCCAGGUUUGCCAGGGAAGAGGGGGCAGCGGGGUGAGAAGGGACGAGCUGGUGAUCCUGGGCUUCCUGGACUCCCUGGCAUGAAGGGAGAGAAGGGAAAUGCUGAGAAUUCCCUGGCAGGAGGUAAAGGAGAACCUGGCCCACCAGGUCUGCCUGGCCCACCUGGACCAAAGGGAGAAGCUGGUGAUGCUGGCCGACCUGGUGCUGCAGGGUCACAGGGAGAAAAGGGAGAACCUGGUUCACCGGGACACCAGGGACCCAUGGGCCCAAGGGGCCCGAAAGGAGAGCCUGGGAAGGAUGAAAUGGUGGACUACGACGGUAACAUCAGUGAAGCUCUCCAGGAAAUACGAACUUUGGCCUUGAUGGGACCCCCAGGACUUCCGGGAGUGGCUGGUCCUCCAGGGCCACCGGGACAGAAGGGUGAAAUUGGCUUGCCAGGUCCUCCAGGCCAUGAUGGAGAAAAGGGACCACGUGGCAAGCCUGGAGAAACGGGCCCCCCUGGCCCUCAAGGGCUUCCAGGAAAGGAUGGACCCCCUGGAAUAAAAGGAGAGCCAGGCCAUAUCGGGGUCACAGGAGAAAAGGGUGAUAAAGGAGAGCCAGGACAAGCCGGCUCACCGGGUCUUGAUGGCCCCACUGGAGAGAAAGGCGAACGAGGUGACCAAGGAAUGCCAGGACCAUCAGGAUUGCCGGGUCCCAUUGGACUUCCAGGACUGACAGGAGACAAGGGAGAGCCUGGGGAGCGUGGAGACAAAGGAAAUCCAGGAGAAUCGAUACCUGGCCCCACUGGACCCCAAGGCCCACCAGGACCUCCAGGUCUUCAGGGCGUCCCAGGACCGAAGGGGGAAGCAGGGAUUGAUGGAACGAAAGGAGAGAAGGGUGCCCAGGGUGAAAAAGGAGACAGAGGGCCACUGGGAUUGCCCGGUGCUUCAGGUUUAGACGGCAGGCCUGGACCACCGGGUAUUCCAGGACCAAUUGGGGUUUCAGGACCAGCAGGACCAAAAGGAGAAAGGGGCAGUAAAGGAGAUCCUGGAGCUGUAGGACCAAUGGGGCCAGCAGGGCUUCCUGGUUUACAAGGUCUACCCGGUGACAAAGGAAUCCGGGGGGAGAGGGGCAAGAAAGGCUCUAGAGGGUCUAAAGGGGAUAAGGGAGACCAAGGAGCACCUGGAUUAGAUGCACCCUGUCCGUUGGGAGAAGAUGGCCUUCCAGUUCAAGGCUGCUGGAAUAAGUGAUGAUUCUAACCCUGGACUGGCCUGUGUGUGUUACUGUACAUAGGAUAUUUAUUUUUAUACAGUGUUCUUCUCUGAAAUGCCAAAAGUUAUGCAUUUUUACAAAUUAUCAAAAAGCUGCAUAUUUUUUUGUACAGAAAAUACUAGAUCUCCCUUCCUUCCCGUUGUCAGUUCUCUGUAUAAUUUUAUGUCUGCAUUGCGCUUGUUUUGUCAUGGCGUACAGCUGUAAUAUUUACCUGAUAUUUGUGCACACGUGAUGAAUAUAGGAACUUAAUAAAUUAUUGCAUUAAAAGUGCCCAAAGGAACUGCCCUGUGUAGAUUUAAAGGUAAUUUUCAAUUUUUGAGCCGGAAUCAUUCAAGGCUCCUUCAAAAUACUAUGUAUUUUUUAUUAAAGUGAAAUAUUAAUAGUUUGGCGGUGACUAAAUUAAGGUAUUGCUGGAAAAUCUCACAGUAGCCACUGUACACUGGGAACUUAGAGAUUCCGUGAUUAAUAAUUAUCAGACAAGGUCUGUUUCUUGAUCAGAUAUGGACAGCCAAGCACAGUUCCCUGCCAGCUCCUACCAAGGCUGCUUCUUGGCCACACAGGAACAGCAACGCCUUCCCCAGGAGCUGAGGAGUCAGCAGGCACAGAGAGAAUCUCUUGCCCCUGGCUAAAACAGAGCCUCUCCCACGAGCUGGGA